UUUAAUAUCAUUUUUAUAUUACACCGUGACUCAUCUGAAUACAAGAAUUUAACCAUAUAAUUUUUUUACGUGUACCAAUAAAAAGGCAUUUGCAAUUAUUUUCUAAUUAUCUACAAGAUUAUAUUAAAAACGAAUGUUAUUAAAUUAAAUUUAUCAUUUUUUGUAAAUUGAUCGUUUCAAGUGAUACAAAAUGAGUUUACAGUGGGCAAUAAUAGCUGGAUUUCUCUAUGUAGAAAUCGCAAUAGUUUUAUUAUUAGUUUUACCAGUAGCUAGCCCCAAAAGAUGGAGUGCAUUCUUUAAAUCACGAUUUUUACAAGCAAUUGGAAAACAGGCUGGAAUUUAUUUUAUAGUAUUAUUAGCUGUUCUUGUGUUGUUCCUUUUAGAUGCCAUUCGUGAAAUGAAAAAAUACUCAUCACCCGAUCACAGCACUGAUGGCCAUGGACAUUUACACUUGGAUGCAGAAAUGCAAGGAAAUAUGCGUUUAUUCAGAGCACAACGUAACUUUUAUAUUUCUGGUUUUUCAUUAUUCUUAUCAUUAGUUAUUCGACGUCUUAUUCUGUUAAUUUCAACUCAAGCAUCAUUAUUGGCACAAGCUGAAGCAUCUAUGCGACAAGCACAAAAUGCAUCAACUGCUGCAAGAACUUUGAUGGCUCAGCAUGGCGAAGAAGCACAAAAUUCAUCAAAUGAAGCUCACGAUAAACAAGUGAGUAAAAAUUUUAAUUUAAUAAAAGUAUCUGCACUUAAAGGUUUAAUUACUGAUUUAGAAGAGAAAUUAGAAAAAGAGAAGAAAAAUUCAUCGGCAUUAAAAUCUCAAGCAGAAAGUUUGAAUAAAGAAUAUGAUCGAUUAACUUCCGAAUAUAGUAAAUUACAAAAAUCCAUUACAGCAUCCGGUGGCGAUAAAAAAGAUGAUUGAAUUCGUUAAUUUUUUUUCUUGUUAUACAUUUUUUUUUUUAUUAACUAUUUAAUUUUUAAAUUUAUUUAGUAAGGUCGUAUUUCGUAAAAUAAAUGCAAAGUAAAUAUUGCUUUAUUACAUUUA